UUGACCACUUGCCUCCCCAUCACCACCUCCCUCUCUCCCUCCAUCUCUCUCUCAUGGCUAACCUACCCUGAUCUUUUGAGAGAAACCGCGAGCAGAAGCAGCUCUGUUUGGGAGAUGAAGAUGCUAGAGAAUCACCUCUCUCUGUCUGUUUUACUUCUCAAAGAAAACCCUAAUUCACUUCACUACUCCUCGUAUUAGGCUUAAACACAAAAGGGAACGGAAAACACCCAAAGAGAGUGAACUUAAUUCCAUUUAUCUUUCUAUCUCUCUUUCUCUUUCUUCUCUGAUGGAACUAUCAAUUUCAUGAUCCGUGGGCUGUUUAUUCCAUUCUUUACAACAAUAACAUACCUUUUUUUCGAAAGACAGAGCAAAAGCAAGCCGAACGCUGUCUUCUUUUGCAGAUCAGAGCUUUAAAGACAACUUGGGUACUUUUUCUGAUAUAGCUCUCCUUGAUUUUAUCUCGCAGAAGAUCUUUCUCUUUCUUUCUUUCUUCUUUAUAAUACAUCAUGCUUUGUUUUGGAGGUUCUUUCUCCCCCUUCUUAAAAUGAGCCUGUGUGUGUGAGUUACAAGUAACAUCAGCAAAAAUUUCACUGCAUACAUAUCUCUGUUUUCUUUUACGUCUUUCCCUUUUUGUUUCUCUCUCUUUUUCUUGAAGAAAAAUGGAUUCUAGCAAUAGUGGAAGUAUGCAAUCCUCAAGUGGUGGAGAUGAAGAGUAUGAUUCAUCUCGCGCUGAGUCAAUCUCAGCUUUCUUUAACAGCAACAAUAACAAAAACAACCCUUUCAGCCAUGUUCGUCCCAUGCCUAGCAACCAACCGCCAGAACCAGACCAUCACCACCACCAAUCCCACCACUCUUCUUCAUCUUCAACUAUGUUUUUUGACCCUUUUUCAAACUAUUUUGAUCCUUUAGUACCAUCAUCAUCAUCAUCAAGAUCACCACUACAAUCACUUACGAACCCAAAUUCACUCCACAACCUUGAUAUGGUCUGGUCAAAGAACUUAAGAUCUGACCCCAAUUGCACUGAUCUUGGUGGGUUCAUUUCCUCUUCCUUACCAACCCAACAGUUCACCACCCAAACUCAAAAUAGAACCACUUUUCAGUCUCUACCAUCACAUGGACAAGAAAGUGCUACAAGAGUUCCAGGUUCAGGUUCAGUUUCAGGGACAAACGAUAAAGUCAGCAACACUGCAGGGAUUAGAAAGCCGAAGAAAAGAUCAAGAGCUUCUAGGCGUGCACCUACAACUGUCUUGAGCACGGACACCACCAAUUUCAGAGCCAUGGUUCAGGAGUUUACAGGGAUCCCUGCACCACCCUUCACAUCUUCACCUUUCCCAAGGAGCAGGCUUGAUCUAUUUGGGACUGCAGCCUCCGCUUUGAGAUCACCUGUCUCUCACCACUUGGACCCUUCACCACCCCCCUACCUCUUAGGACCUUUCGCUAAAACAUUCCAACCACCUCCACCACCGGCACCACCAUUUGUCCCUUCAGGUUCUGCUGCAUCAUCAUUUUCUGCUUCUAUGGUUGAUGCUAUAGCUUCCACUACUACAACCAACAUCAAGGGCACUUGUACUAACACCACCACUUCAAAUAAUAUCCCUUUAACAUCCAUUAACUACCAACUACCUUCUGAUUUAGGCCUUUUGAAACAGCCACAUAACUUGCUCAACCCCAACGUCCAAAACCCAAUUCACAAUUUCCACCCACUUCUUCAAGCCCCGCCCAAAUACCCGCUUCCAGAUUCACCCAAUAUUCUUGGCACCACAAAACCACAACAAGGUUCUUUAGAAAUUCCUUUAAAUGUUUCACAUCUGAAAAUGGUUGUUUUAGAAGAGUUCGGGUUGAACCAUGGCCAUGUUAACACAAACCUUUCAGGCCUUCAAAACAUAGUGUCAUCAUCAUCACCCUCAGCAGAUGUAACAUUAGUGAGAAGAAGGGAUCACAGCGACAGUCUUACAAACUGGGGAGAUGGGGCUGGUUCAAAUGAGGUUGAUCAUCAUCACCAUCAACAACAAGGUCUUUUAAGGUCCAUUAAUGGUGAUUACAAUAACUCAACCCAGCGUGUUACAAAUGGGAAAGUUAACUUCUUGGCUUCAUCAUCAGAUUUUUGUGGUGACCAUAAGCUGGGGCAAGAGAAUGCGGCUACAAGAAGUGAAGGUACGAUGGAAUCAUGGAUUUGUUCUUCUGAUUAGGAAUAUAAGUAUCUUAAUAUAUGAUAAUCACCAUUAAGAACUAUAUGAUAAUGAGAUCAUAAUCAGAGAGAGAGCGAGAGAGAGAGAGAGAGAGAGAGAAUGAAGAUGAAGAAAAUAAAGCAAGAAUGGCGGUGAGUAUCUAUGUUGAUGCAUGAAAGAGGAAUAUUUUUUGUCUCUCCA